AUGGCCAAGCGCGGCUCCAAGCUCCUUGCAUUGGCUUUGCCCAUUCUGGUUGGCAGGUCUUUUCUUGCUGUGGAUGAGAUACCGCGAACGACCCCAAGCGGACACAAGCAUCCAAGCAAAACCACAAGGGCUUCAAUCAACCUUCAGAAGUCGGCAGAAUAUCUCGAACCACUCGCCACCGUGUUUGGGACAUCACUGAAGGAAAUUGGGCAGGGAGUUCUGGAGGCAAACAAUAAUUUUCGCUCGAUUUCAAUCCAGACAUCUUUGGCGCAGCUCAACAAUGCCCAAGCACGCGCAUAA